AUGACCUCUACAUUCGAGUGGGCAGCCAAGAACGUGGUCAGAGAGCUGAGCAAAAAAGGGGAGCUGAUCCCUGUGGACAGCCUCAGAAGUUCCACUUGCUUCAGUCCCUACUACCUGGUUCGGAAGAAAAUCAAAAGCACCUGGUUUUGGAAGUCCCAGUAUGUUUGGCUCAAUUUGACUCUCGAGGACAUUUUGGAACCGGGCUCCCCAGAACUAGAAGUGACCCAGGGGAACACAAUCUACUUUAAUGAUGAGAUGGACGGGCAAGUGUCUGGCAGUGUGGAGGUGACUGCCUCUGUCCAAGGGAAGAUUUCAGGACAGACUUCAGUGUCCAACAGAUCCUGCCUCGAGGUCAAGAUUCUUACCGUGCCCCCUACCACCUGGGACUGCUUAAAAACAAGCAGGAAAUUGAAGAAAUCCCAGCCUUCUAAAUUUAAGGAGCUUCAGAAACGGGGAGAGAAUCUGUAUGUUGUAACAGAAGCUGUGCAGACCCAGAAAGAGGCUGUUCUGAAGAGAUCCAGAAAUAGGCAGGGCUCUGGAAGGAUCACUAUUCCUGGGGCCUCGUGUAUCCAGGGCGAGGGUAUGGGUCAAUUUAACACAAUGAAGACAGUGAAAAUCCCUGAAGGCAGUAUACUUGCUUUCCAAGUGGUCAAAUUGAUUAUCAGGGACUGCUGGUGGAGCACAUCUAAGUCCCCCCAGUAUUCCUCAGGCAGGAAGGGACCAGCAGCUCAUGGAAGGGUCAAGGUGACACAGCGCGUCAUGUCUUGGCCCUGGCUGGGGACCGUGGUCUUGGAAAGGGUGGGGGACUGCGGUGGAAGGAGAUCCCAGACCCUUACCUGGAUCCCCAGAGAUGGGGUAAAACUCUUGAGGAAGAGCCUGAGAGCCUUAGUGGUCUUGUUCUUUCCAGAUGCCUGCAAAGUAGCCGCAGUCAGCUCAGUCAAAAGCUUGGAGGAUUUGCAAGCUCAGGUGAAGAAUGAAGAAAAGGCCCUGGACGUUCUGAGUGUGGAGCUACGGAGUAUUCUGCUCAGGAAUUUCCUGGAGGUCCUCCAGAAUGAGAAGAAUCUGUUGGUCUUUGAAGACCUGCUAGAAAACAGUUUGUACACUGGGGAAACCCCAAAGGAUGUGAAUGGCCCACCAGGAAAACUCCUAAGUAACCUGCAAUUCGCUGAUGGAAAACUUUGUGAUGACCUAGCAGGGGCAUUCCUCUACCUCACUGGAGCUCUGAAUGCCCUCAGUGAUGUCCAACAUCAGACCCUGAUCAAGAUCCAAUCUCUAAAUGAAAAGGAAAAGAUCAUGUCCCAGGAGAUACGACUGGUGGAGGAAAUUCUGAAGAAGAACUUCAAUCAGACCAAGGAGACAACUUUCUCCUACCCUUCAGAGCUGGUGUCCUUGGUCCAGGGCCAAAGCGAGGUGUCGACCCUCACCCGUGAAUUGUUGGAAGAGUGCGGACUGUGGCUCUCAGAAGAUGAUGCCCAACUUACUUGGGAUCCCUGUGCUCUGCACUCACUUUGUGCGCUGUAUGGGAGCCUGAUGCUGCUGCAGAUUCUCACUACAACCUAGACUUAGGCCCUUUAUUCUCACUCAUUUGGAACCUCCUAUUUCACAUCACAAGGUCACAAAAUUUGAGAGUUGGGCUGCCUCCUGCCACAUCUAGCCCAUCCAUGCCCAAAAUGAAUCCCUGCUGUAAUGUACUAAACGAGUGGUCAUUUGAAGACCUCUGUUGGAGAACAACCCACCACCUUUCAAGGAAAUUCAUUCCCCUUUUGUUCAGGUUUUAUCGCUGGAAAUUUUUUUCCCUAAUAUCAAGCCUUAAUUUGCCCAUUUGCACACCUCUGUCCACAGUUCCUAAUUCUGUCCUCUGAGGUCAAACAAAACAACCUUUUAAACACUUGUACACAGCUAUCAUGCCACCCCUUUUAGCUUUUCUUCUCCAGGCUAAACAUCCACUGGUCCUCAUAUGACAUGGACUCAAGGCCCUCUACCCUUGUGGUUGCUCCCUUUUGGAUUUUUUCCAGCUUAUCAGUGUUUUUAAACUAUGGUGCUCAGACUAGAUGAAAUGUAAUCAGGGCAGAGGCAGAACUAUUACCUCUCUCUUCCUGGAAGCCAUGCUUUUCUUGAAGCAACCCAAAAUGAUCUUACCUUUUGAGUUGCCAUGUCACACUGCUGACAUCAGUGGGCUUGCAACCCAUUAAGAUCUCCAGAUAGAUUUUUAGACACACUGCUCUAUAGCCAUAUCUCAAUAUCUCAUGGAAUCAUUAGCUUCUAUUUGACCAACUCUAAUUUUAAAGUUGUUGAGGUUUUUUUUCAAUAGGGUUUUGUGGCUCUUUUUCCAAGAUAUCAUUUUUCUUUUCAUAUCCUUCUCAA